GCCAAGAGAUUGUUCGGGGGCUCGGCGUAGGGAUCGCGGUGCGGGCAGCGGGUCAGGAGUGCCCUACGUGCUAUUGCGACUGCCCAGCGUGUACCUGCUCGCUGAAUUGUCCCUCGUGCCCGACCGUGCACUGCGGGGCCAGCUACUCCAUCGGCCCAGUGGCUGGGCCGCUGCUGGUAGGGCUCGGGGCCUUGCUGGAGCUGGCUCCCGGCUUCCUGCGCCGGCAGUGCGGACAGCGCGCUCCGCCAGGGCUGCCGGCGGCUGCGAAGCCGGGCCUCUCGGCGCUGCCGGGGCUUGCGCCCGCCGCGGCCCCUGCCUCGCCAGCCGGGCCGCUGACCGUGCGGGACGAGGAGGUGGAGCUGCAGGCCGCGGCGCAGGAGGGCGACUUCUACCUGAUCCGUUUCGGCGUGGCGGGCCCUCCGCUGUGGCACGAGCGGGUGUGCGUGUACCUCCCACGGGCCCAGGCGGGUGGAGUGGUGACUGGCUACACGCCCGACGACGACCACUACGAGGAGGACCUGGCGCCCGGCGGCGACGCAGUGGCCUGGUGCCUGCUCCCCGGCGGCGCCCAGGGCGGUGUGCCUCCCAUGGCGGUCGGCGGGGCAGCUGCCCGCGUGUGCCGCUUCCGCGCGGUGCCCCUGGCCGCGGCGCUGGGCGCCGCGCGUGACGCGGCCGCCGCCCGGUUCGGCGAUGCGGCCCCAGGCGUGCCGCUGGCGCCCAACACGGGCGGCCGUGCCGAGGCCCCUCCUGGAGGGCUGGGCGUGCUGGGCGCCCCAGGGGCGGCGCCCCUCGCCGUCCCAGCCGCCCCAGCCGCGGCGCCUGACGGAGGAGCGGGAGUCGGGGGCGGGCUUGCCGCCCUGGCCGCCGUCCUCGGGCCGGGCGGCGGGGCCGUGGCGCCGGGCGCUGGGGCCGGCGGUGGCCUGAUGGGGCUGCCGGCCGCGGGACCGGCGGCGCCUGUGGCCCCGAUGCCGGGCGCCUUGGUCGGCCCCCUGGCAGGCGGCGCGGCGGCCGCGCCGGCCCCUGCCUUCGCCCCCGCGCCAGCCGCCGCAGCUGCGGCCGUGCCUGCCGCCCCGCUGGCCGCCCUCGGCGGGACGGACCUCCGCGUCCACCCGAUCAUGAUCGACGCCAUGGCCCGGCGGAACACGCCUUUCAGCGACUCUCUGGCCCUGCUGACGGAGACACCGUGGGCGGACUGGCCGGGCGGUGUGGACGAGCACCUGCGCAUCUGCACCGCGCUUGAGAACGCGGUGUGCCUCGACCAACUGAACGUGGCGGAGAUGGUCAGUUUCGAGCUGCUGGGUCGUGCCCUGCAGAUCAUCGAGGAGAAGUAUCGGGAGCGCCUGGCUGGCGCGGCCGACCCCGUGCGCGUGGACACCAACCUGUACUUGGGGGCGGAGCUGGCGCGCGGGAGCUGCUGCGCGUGCCCGGCCCUCCAGACGUGGGUCAGCCAGGAGCUGGCUCAGGAGCAUGCGAUUUUGAAGGAAAGGAGGAAGGCCAGAGAGGAGCGCGCCGCUGCCCAGACCGCCAAGGCUAAAGCAAAGCCGAAGCGCGGCAAUGAGGGCGGCGGCGACAAUGAUUGA